AUGGAGUCCUACAGGGGCCUGCGCGAGUACCUGGUCCGCGUGCGCAAGCACCUGGACAAGGUGCGCCCCCAGCUCGGCAGGAACGUGGGGCUCGUCGAGAGGCUAGCGCGGUGGGAGGAGAGCUGGGACCGCCUCGCCUUCUACACGGGGAAGCCGGACCUCAUGGAGGGGGCCCGCCUGCUCGUCGGCUUCCUGGCGGGGUCGCUCGAGGCCGCACCCUCGAUGCAGCAGAUGCUCGAUCACCGCGCCCCGGAGCUGUUUCUGGUGCUGCCAAGGCUGGCGUGCUUGUGCCUCCUGUCGGACCCUGAGUGCCCCGUCGCGCAGCUGCUUCGGCCGCUGCUGCCCAGCCUCUUCGCCUCGGACUCCGAGGUCGACCAGGAGGACGAUGACCAGGGGCCGUUCACCACCGCGCUCGCGGCCUCCGCCGAGCUCGAGGGCGUGCUCGACCUACUCGGCGGCCCGGCGGGGCACGACGGCGCGUGGGACGCGCUCACCCGCCGGGCCGUGGCGGGGGCGGGGGCGCGGGCGGCAGCGGACCUGUACCCGGAGACGGACCCGGGGCAGCAGGAGGCCGCCGCGGCCGCCGUGGAGGGCCUCAUGCGCGAGGUGGAGGGUUGGAGCAUGGAGCUGCAGCGCCACAACCCGGCGGCUUGGAACGACCUUUCAGACUUGCUCGUGCACUGCAUGGUGUGGAAGCCGGGCGACGCGGAGGAACCCCGCCCCGCCAGGCUUGUCCUCUGA